AUGUCCACUCCAGUUGACAACUCUUUGACCAGUCUCAAGGCAUCCACUGCCCAGAUCAUGGCCAUCAUCAGUGGUGCCCAGCAGAUUCCCCCAGGUAACAGCCACUUUUAUCUGACAACACAGGCUCAAGUGAUCAAGGACUAUGGGUCUGGACCCCUGCCCAGCAUCGUGCUUUCAUGCUCCAAGGAGCUAGUGUGCGUCCAGGGCAUGACUCCCCAGACCUGUUUCCGGACCCCAUAUCCAACUCAUUCCUGGAUCCCCUAUCCUGUCCACCCUAUGCACAUUCUGUCCAGCAAGACAUCUGGACUUUACCUCCUCUCAGAUUCCAGACUACAUCCACCACCUCACAUAUCUCAGUCCUGUUUCCAUCCUGCCUUCCGGAUCCCCAGAUCUCUGGACCUUCGGAUAUUAACUGUACUAUCUCUGGACCUAUUCCCACCCUCUGUCCAAGAUCCUGCGCCUAUCCCCAUUUAG